CAUCUCAGGAAAGAUGGACGAGUCUACGAAGAGCAAACUGGAGGCUUUGCGUUCUGAAGUCCCACGGUAUCUCUUUCGAGCAUGGAACAAUACCCCAGGAAUCGCCGCUCGUAUCUCUGGAGGGUAUACGGGACUCAACACGACCGAUGCAAUCACCCCUCUCUCCUUCUACAAUGGCCUCGCCCCCAAAUCCGUCUACGACAUGACACAGCGUGCAAGAUCAUGGCUGCUCAGCAUGUCAUGGGCGUAGCGGGAUUCGCGACAGGAUUCUCGUCGUGGACCCCAUCGCUGUCAUUCGUCCUGAAAUUCGCCGACAAUCUCUCCCGGCAGAACCGGGACGGCAGUGCGAACCACGUCCACAUCAGCGUGAUCGACACAAAGGAGCUCUGGACCUCGAUCCAAAUCUUCCACGUCCCAGCCUUGGCCACCGCCCUGGCCACAGGCCUCGGCCCUUACCCCGAAGAGUACCUAGCAUAUGGAGUCAUCAAAGGUCGCUGGCAUAAAGCCGUGCCCCUCAUGGUCUUCCGUGAGGCUGGCUUGCCGCUUCAGCCUGCGUUGACCGUCCCUCCGAAGGAUGUCUGUGGCCCUGUCGAGACGGAGCGAGCAAGCGCCAUCGCGAAGGAAUUCGGCCCUGACUUUGCGCUGCCGGUCUAUCUCGCCGUCCUCACCAAGGCUGGGCCGGUGCUCGGGCUGGACCACGUCAACUUCGAGCGCCUCUUGAGCGCAAUUCAACCUGUCGACGUCCCCGUGAAGAAGUGGGCCAAAGACACAGGGGUGAAACCUUACAUGCACCAUAUCGACGUCGUCCAGUUCUGCAGAUUGAUGCAAACCCUGGCGCAGAAGCUGAACGACAACAACGCAAGUGGCAACGCCAGCAACCCACGCGGAGAGAACAUCCUACCGAACAAGAAGCGUGCCCGUGUCGACGAGCCGGCGACCAACAAGCGAGUCCGCAUCGAAGUCAGCGCCAACGACCAGGAGCCGCAGCUUACAACCACAUUCAAAACGCUCGCGUUCGACGAUGACGACGACAUGGACGACGACUUCUCAGAGUCCGACUCGGAGCCUGAACCGGCCCUCAAGAAAACGAGAUACACUGCCACCUCCACCACCGCCGCCCCCGCGCCGAAGAAGCCGCUCAAGCCUAUCCUCAAGAAGUCCACGAAAACCUACGGUGUCACGACACGACGCAUGGGCAAAGAGGGAAAGGCCUUAUUCAAGGGGCCGGGUGUCAGCACGCGGCGGGCGAGUCGUGUAAUGGAGCGGGAGAUGAAGAAGCUGAGCAUUGAUAUGAAGGAUUGACCCAUUGAUGGAAUUGACGGGCAUGGAGGAGUUGGGAUAGUGGGUGCCCCGGAGGAGGGCGUCGAGAAGGGCCCCAAUAACGCUGCGUGAAGACAUUUGGUGUGAGACAUGUAUCAACUCUUACGACUGAAUCUCGUGGUCUUUGGUGAAUACUUGGUUCACCUCCAGGGAGGCGGUACGUGAGCCUUGUUUCGAGUUCGAAGGACGACCUUCACAACAAGAC